CUUCCAAGUCCGAAAUGCGGUCCUAAAAUGCCCCCCCCAAAGCCGAAACCCUACUAUCGGACGGCUCGCCGGUGGCUAAGUUGAGUUGGAAAAAAUGUCGAAUUGGUGGCGCGCCACCGCGGGCGGCCUGAAGAUGGCGGCGUCGCAGGCGAGUUUCAGGUCGUCAUCAUACCACACGAUUCAAGGCAUCCCUAGAGAAUUCACCGGCUGUAGGGUUUCAACCAGGGACAGAGCCCAGGGUCGAAUCCCCGCAGUCGUCUUCACUCAGGACUACCUCCAACCAAACCCUAGUCCCGGCGCCACCAGGCCGGUAUCCAGAAAGCACCUGCUCACCACUGAGAAGAAGCAGAUUCAGGCCAUCCUCAAGUCGGUGCAACUCCCAUUCUUCUACUCCACCACCUUCCCGCUCCAAAUCCGCGCCGGCCCCGGCUCGUCUACUCUUCUCGAUUCCGGCACCGUUCUCCCGAUCAAGGUUCACAGAGACCAGGUGACUGGAAGGAUUUUGAAUUUGGUUUUUGUUUGGGCCGACGACGGAACGGAAUUGAAGGUUGAUGUUCCUGUUGUUUUCAAAGGAGAAGACAUUUCUCCUGGUCUGAAGAAAGGAGGUCGAUUGAAUAGGAUAAGGACCGCUCUGAAAUACCUUUGCCCAGCUGAAACCAUUCCCCCUAAAAUUGAGGUUGACAUAAGCAAUCUAGACAUUGGGGACAAGGUGUUCAUGCAUAAUGUCAAGGUUCAUCCAUCCCUGAAGCUUCUGAGUAAAGACGAGAGCAUCCCAAUUUGCAAGGUUGUGGCUACCAACUUGGACAAUCCUGAAUCUCUGCCCCACAGCCAGAGUUGAGAGGAAAAUUCUGUUCUCUUUGGGGUUAGAUCUAGGAGGGGUUAGUUGCAAGGCUUGAGAAAAUAUCCUCAGCUAUCAUGGUGCCUAGCAAAGAGGACUGAUUGACGAUAUUGUCACUUAAUUGUGCACGAGAAGAGUUUGAUUUUUGAUCAUAUUGCGAGCAAGAUCAGUUAUGAGAUGGUGGUUCUUGCAAUUGGAAGUAUCUUAUAUGGACAUCUUUUUAAUUUGUGA